UUUUUUCAAAGUGGGACGCGCUCAUAUGGUCAUUGGGCGCGCUGUUCAAAAACAGUCUGCACGGGAACCGCGGGGAAAACAAGCCACACUCCAGAACUUUGCUACGUAUUGGAUCACUUUGGAUUUGUGAAGUUACAAACAUGCCCAAUACUACAAGGAAGAGGAAGCACUCUUCAUUUGAUUCUGACAGUAACUCAGCCAAAAGGCCUGUUACAGAUGGAGAAUCUCCCCUAAAAAGGAAGUCAUCUCGGUUGCCCGAGUCUCCACUAAAGAUGUCCGUAAAACACCAGGAGAAAGAGAACUGCCCUUCUCCCCAGAGAUCCCCAGCUCCAUCUCCCCUAAAGAUUGCUCUGAAGAGAGGCUCUCCGUUCAAGGCUGCUGUGGUAACAGGGUCCUUCUAUGGUAAACGCAAACCUUUGUACCUGACACCCCUGGAGAGGAAGAUGCUGAAUGAGACCAAAUCACCUCCAAGGCUGACCAGUGUGGAUCCUUAUGGAAUGCCGACGGCUGCUGUAAAGAAAAGGAUGAAGAUUAAAAGUACCAAGGCCAAAAAGGUGGCCACUGUACACGGAAUGAAGACUAGCGUAACGGGAAACUCCAAAUCAAGCCUAAUCAAUUCCUCAAAGCCUAAAGCACCCGCCAGCACAGAGCAAGUGGAGCUGAAAAAAGGCAUCACCUUGAACUUUGGCGGUUUAAAGCCUAAGCCUAAAAUCUUCAUUGGGGCUGCCUUUUUCAGCACAGGAAAAAAAACUUCCUCCAUGUACAAAAAGUCUGCCUCGAAAUCUACCAAGCCAGCUUUGAGAUUUGAGAAAAUAAAGGCCAUGGUUCCUGCCUUAGAGGGAAAGCAAGAAAAAGUACAAGCCCCCUUUCCACAGCGACAUGCUGUUGUAGUGAAGAUACUGCAGGAAGAGCCAGAGUCUCUGCCCGGUGUGCAGGAUGUACCAAAGAGUCCAGAGUCACUCAAGGCCCAGUCACCCAGAGCUAUAGCAGAGAAAUACGGCAUGAACAAGGAAGUCAGGAUUGUGUUAAGCCGAUCUCCGUCUCCCACACGUCCAGCAUCCCCAGAAAUAAACACUCAGGAGGAAUUGAUCACAAAUACAGGUUCUGAUGCCGUGUUUGAUCUCAGUGACAUUAGCCCAUUAAACGGCAUCAUCAGUCCAGUCAAAGCCGAUGCUGUGUAUCCAAUCUUUGGAUCUGCAUCAACGAGGCCCCAGAGGAAGGCAGCUCUGGACUCUCCAGUGAACUGCAGCACCCCCUCGAACCUUAGUCACCCCCUUCCCUCUGCUGCCAAGGAGAGGAGUGCCAGGAAGAAGAGGGAGACUAACAAACAGGCUGAGGCUGAUGAUCAACUCAUCAUCGAUGCUGGCCAGAAGCAGUUUGGUGCCACUGUGUGUGGGUCCUGUGGCAUGAUCUACAGUGCAGACAGCCUGGAAGACAACUUCCAGCACACACAGUUCCACCAGAGUUUUCUGGACGGAAUUAAGUUUGUGGGCUGGAAGAAAGAGCGGGUGGUAGCCGAGUUCUGGGAUGGAAAAAUCAUUCUGGUUCUACCUGAUGAUCCAAAAUACGCUGUCAAAAAGGCAGAAGAUGUGAGGCGACUUGCUGACAACGAGUUGGGCUUCCAGCAAGUGUCCCUCCGCUGCCCCAGCCAGGCUAAAACGUACCUGUAUGUGAACAGUGACGGGAUGGUGGUCGGAUGCCUCAUUGCCGAGCACAUACGACAGGGCUUCAGAGUGCUGGAGCAGCCAGUGCAGACCAAGGACAUGACCAGGGAGGACUUCAUGGAGCACCACAGAGCCUGGUGCUGCUCUACCACGCCAGAAAAGGCCAUCUGUGGGGUCAGCCGCAUCUGGGUGUUCAGCCUGGCCCGGAGGAAGGGCAUUGCCACACGCAUGCUCGACACAGUCAGAAACUCCUUCGUGUAUGGGAGCCACCUGACCAAGGAGGAAAUAGCCUUCUCUGACCCCACCCCAGAUGGCAAACUGUUCGCCACAAAGUACUGCGAGAAGCCUGCAUUUAUGGUCUACAAUUUCAUUGGUUAACUUAAAGCACAAGUUCAGACUUUUUUUUUUAAUGCUUUGAGUUUGAUCAAUGUUUGCCCCUUUUUGAGUUUAAUUUAAAUCAGAAAGUUGGUUUGUUGAACAUGCAAGUUAUGGCUGUUGCAGUCAAAUUCCAUUAGUGUUGAACUCAAGUAUAUUCUCUUCUAAAGCUUAUAUAUAGUUUUAAUAAAAUUUCUCACACUUCAAAGCCCAACUUCUUGACAAAAUACAUCAUGCUCCAUCAACACUAAAUGGGUUUUUUUUUUCUCCCCAAAAUACACCCAUUUCACUAGUUUGUCUGUAAUAUGACAGUUGUGCCACUGCUAUUCACAGAAAUGUUGUGGGAGCUAAAUAAAGAGUAUGGCAGAG